UUUCUUCUGUCAUUGGCUUAAAUUCAAGAAAAAAAAAACACCAAAAAAAGAAUCCAAAUCCUAACAGGUAACUGAAACCUCACCCCCAUACUCUCUCCCAAAUCAUCAUUUCAUCAUCCAAAUCAAAUUCCAAACUCUUUCUUUCUGUUGUUUGGUUCACAAGGACUUGGUCUAUGGUAACAUGUUCCUUAACUUUCUCCUCCUGAUUCUCUCUUCACUUGAUCCCUGUUAAGUCCCCUGGAUUUUGCCAUUUUGGUCAAAAACAAUAUUUUGAUUCUCAAGUUUACUGUUUUUCUCACCCACUUGAAAUCAUGGAGUCUCAGCAACGUUCCCUGAUGUUCCUUAUUGAUAUGUUGAUACAAAGUUUAAAGUAAGUUCCAUUGAGAAGGGGAAAGUGUUGUGGUUGAAGGGAAGAAUUCAACAUGGAGUUCCAGGAAGCUUUGAUGAAACUAGUGAUUCAUAAAACACCAGCUCAUCAUAAAGCGUUUUUUCAAGAAGUUUCAGGGAAAGAGAAGGAAAGAGAAGAGAAAGUUGCAACCGGUGCAGUUAAUACCAAACAAAAAUGGAGGAUUUCAUUUCACAGGUCAUCAUCAAAUAAUAAAGUUUCAAAGACAUCUCAGGCUCAGCAAAAAGAAACUCCCAAAGAAUUUUGUUGUCCUAUUUCAGGGUCUUUAAUGGCUGACCCGGUUAUAGUUUUCUCAGGUCACACCUUUGAACGAGCCUGUGUUGAAGCCUGUAAAACCUUGGAGUUCACACCAACUCUCCGGGAUGGUUCCAUCCCUGAUUUCUCCACUAUUAUCCCUAACCUUGCCCUUAAAUCCGCCAUUUUCAACUGGUGUCAAAAUCAUUCCUUAAAUCCUCCAAAACCCCUGAAUUUAUCCACAGCUGAGGAACUCGUCCGAACGUUAAUUGCCAAAAAUCCAAAUACCCAGAUAAAGAAAGAAGAAGAAAAGGUGUCUACUUCAGUGGAAGAGUUGAUUCAAGGUGUUAAAGAUAGUCCUUCAGUGAAAUUGGAUCAGGCAGUCACUGAGUUAAUUCCGAGGCCAAUUCACUUCCACUCCAGCUCAGAGGAAUCGGUUGCCGCCACCGCCAUCACCACCACAACCAAUGUUGUAACACCGCCAUUGCAGUUAGCGACUCGUCCGAGUUGCUACUCAUCCGCUUCAUCCUCCUCCGAGAUCGAAAUAUUAGCCCCUAACCUUGACGAAGAAGAAGAGUUUUUUCUUACAAAACUAAAAAGCCCUCAAGUUUUCGAUGUUGAAGAAGCAUUGGUUGCAUUAAGGAAGAUCACAAGAACCCAAGAGAGUUCCAGGGUUGUUCUUUGCACGCCACGUGUACUUUCGGCUUUCAGAUCUUUAAUAAUUUCCAGAUACGUAAACAUUCAAGUGAACUCAGUUGCAGUUUUGGUGAACUUGUCGUUAGAAAAAGUCAAUAAGGUUAAGAUCGUACGGUCAGGAUUGGUUCCUGAUUUGAUUGAUGUGUUGAAGGCAGGAUCACCUGAGGCGCAGGAGCAUGCUUGCGGUGCCCUCUUUAGCUUAGCCCUUGUUGAUGAUAACAAGACUGCCAUUGGAUUUUUGGGAGCUUUGCAACCUCUCAUGCACAUGCUAAGAUCAGGGACUGAGCGGGCUCGGCAUGACUCGGCCUCGGCACUUUACCAUCUCUCACUCGUUCGCAGUAAUAAGAGUAAACUAAUUAAACUUGGAUCGGUUCCGGUUUUGUUAAAUAUGGUUAAAUCGGGUCACAUGACGGGUCGGGUAUUGAUCGUAUUGUGUAAUUUGGGGUCGGAUUCGGACGGGCGCGCUGCAAUGAUGGAUUCGGGUGGGGUGGAGUGUUUGGUUAGUUUGUUGAAGGAGAGUGAAGUGGAUGAGUCGACUCGGGAGGGUUGUGUCUCUGUUUUGUAUGUACUGAGUCACGGGGGGUUGAGGUUUAAGGGAUUGGCGAUCGCAGCUGGGGCGGUGGAGGAGUUGGUGAAGUUGGAGAGGAUGGGUAGUCAGCCGGCGAGGGAGAAGGCGAGGAGGAUGUUGGAGAUGUUGAAAGCGAGGAGUAAGGAGGAGCAAGAGGAUGCGGACUGGGAGGAAUUGCUUGACUCGGGGUUGAUGAGUCGGACUCGGUUUCGAUUCGGUGGAGCAAUGAACGGAUCAUGUGUGAACUCAUCCGAGUUCUGAGUUUUUUUUUUUAAUUCUCCUGUGGGUUUUUUUUUUA